AUGUCGGCCAUUUCAUCGAUUGUCUCAGCUGCCACCGCGACGCUGUCUUCGCCCACAGCUACCUCCACCCUUCGCGCGUCAAAUCAAGGUGGCAUUAUCGAUGGAGCAAACCCCACGAAAUACAACCCCAAGGACCCCAUUAUCCUAUUUAUUAUCCAGACGGUGCUGAUCGUCACCGUGUGUCAUCUCCUGCAUUGGCCAUUGUCAAAAAUUCGACAACCUCGGGUCAUCGCUGAAGUUGUCGGUGGCAUUAUUCUCGGUCCCUCGGUCAUGGGACGUAUCCCUGGCUUUCGACAGGCCAUCUUUCCCGACGCUUCGUUGCCCAAUCUUUCCAAUGUCGCAAACCUAGGAUUGAUUUUGUACUUGUUCCUUAUCGGACUCGAAACCGAUGUCCGAUUUCUGAUUAGCAAUUGGCGAAUCGCGACCUCUGUUGCCGUUGCAGGGCUGGCUCUUCCUUUUGGCGUUGGCUGUGCGCUGGCAUAUGGUGUGUAUCAUGCAUUCCGCAGUGACGAGGGAUUGGUCCCAAUCAAGUUUGAGGUCUACAUGCUCUUCAUUGGUAUUGCAGUUGCAAUCACGGCCUUCCCGGUCCUGUGUCGUAUUUUGACGGAGCUCAAGCUUCUUGAUACCAACGUCGGCGUCAUCACCCUCUCUGCUGGUGUUGCAAAUGAUGUCGUCGGGUGGAUUCUCCUUGCCUUGUGUGUGGCGCUUGUAAAUGCUGGUUCAGGCCUGAACUCGCUUUGGAUCCUACUUUCUGCCACUGGGUUUAUGCUUCUCCUUUUAAUCGUCGUCAAACCUUCUCUUUUGUGGCUGCUGCGCCGCAAUGGAAGCCUCGAACAUGGUCCCUCGCAGAGCAUCAUCUCGCUCAUUCUUCUGAUUGCCCUGGUCUCUGCCUUCUUUACGGGCAUCAUUGGUAUUCACCCUAUUUUCGGCGGCUUCAUGGCCGGGCUCAUCAUUCCUCGCCAGGAUCGAUUCAAUAUCCGUGUUACGGAAAAGCUCGAGGAUCUUAUUGGUGCUUUGUUCUUGCCCCUUUACUUCACCCUCUCCGGUUUGAAUACGAAUUUGGGACUGCUCGAUUCAGGAGCCGCCUGGGGAUACGUAUUCGCUACCACGUUUGCAGCUUUCUUUUCCAAAAUCAUCGGCGCGUCUGUGGCAGCUCGAUUUAGUGGAUUGGUUUGGAGAGAAUCGUUUUCCAUUGGUGUCCUCAUGAGCUGCAAGGGUCUUGUUGAACUCAUUGUACUGAAUAUUGGCUUGCAAGCCAACAUUUUGAGUACCAGAACAUUCACCAUCUUUGUCGUCAUGGCUCUUCUCACCACGUUUGCCACGACGCCGAUAGUGACCGUGCUAUACCCUCCUUGGUACCAGCGGAAGAUUGCCGCAUGGAGACGGGGGGAAAUCGACUGGGACACUGGUGCGCCCAUUUCCUCUGCGUCUAGCUCCGAAGGUCCCAAGGACGACUCCUCCCUUGGCCUCGAAAGGGUGAACCGCCUACUCGUCUACCUUCGUCUCGACAACAUGCCUUCUCUCCUGCGCCUUCUUUCCAUGUUUGGCGACCCCUCCACACCGAGUAGCACUCCCACGCCUUCAGAUACAGGAACUGAUGAGAUUCACGACGUUUCUACUACACCCCCUUCCCGGGACAGGGCUGUCUGGGCCCAUGGCAUCCGUCUCCUCCAGCUUACCGAUCGUGACUCUUCCGUAAUGACAGUCGCCCAAGUUGACGAUUUUAGCCGCCAUGACCCUGUAGUUAACACCUUCCGGACCGUUGGACAGCUGCACAAUCUCUCAGCGUCCGGCGAAGUCGCCAUCAUGCCCGAAACUCGAUUUGCAGAGGCUCUUGUCGCCAAAUCAUACAGCAUGGCUUCAGAUCUCCUCCUUGUUCCUUGGACCGAAACUGGGGACAUGGGCGAUUCACAGAUUUUAUCAUCUACCAGCGUCAACGACAAGAUUGGGUCUUCGUACGGAUCCUUUGUUAAAUCAGUCUUCGACUCACACGACCGAAACGUGGCCGUUUUCUUUUCGCGUAGCGAUCCUGUCGCCGGAGGCAAAGCCAAGAGCGAGGAGCGUGCCAAACUCAUGCGCCAGUACUCAUUUGGUGCAUUGAAGGAAGACUUGCCAAUUGCCCCGGGAUCUAACGAACCAUACCACAUAUUACUACUCUACUUUGGCGAUGAAGACGACAGACUUGCUCUUCACCUCGUUCUUCAGUUGUGUGAGAAGUCCAGGGCAACAGCCACUAUUCUUCGUGCUCGUUCUUCUGUAGGAGCAUCCAACUCUGUCGGGGAUGCUCUAUUCGAAAGGGCAUCAUCCCAAUUACCCGCGUCCGUGGCAUCAAGGGUCAAUUUCAAGACAGAAACGGGCCCAUCUACUGUCGAAGAACUCGUCCAGUACGCAAUAACAGAGACCCAAUCCGGCGUUACUGAGUCCAAGGCAGGCCCUGAGCUGGUCGUCGUCGGUCGCAGGGUGGCCGCCAAGCUGGACGAGGGUAAGCUGACGCACAGGUCGAGGGAGGAUCUGGUACUUUGCCUGGGCAAUCUUGCAGGAAAUUUGGUUGCAGGGGGUGUGAGGGCUGAUUUGUUGGUUGUACAAGCCAAGGCUGCCGAGAACAAGUGA